AUGGAAGUCACAUUUGGAACUUCUGAACGUGGACAAGAAACUGUUAUUUAUCGCGGGUUCGAGUAUUGGAAAAAGAAGAGCAAUGUAUGCGGGACGAUAUCUUGGCGGUGCAAAGAAUACAGACGUCUCAACUGUAGAGCUACCAUCAUAACAUCGGGGAGGAGAGUCACAGGCGAAAGACAGCCCGAUCACACGCACCAAGGGAACAUCGCGACUUCGCUUGCGCGUAAAGCGGUAGGACAGAUGAAGGAGAAGAUGGCCGAACUGAUGUCAACACCGAGCUCGUCGCAAGCUGUAGUUUCAUCUACAUUGGACGACCACGUGCUCAUAGCUUUGCCGAGGAAAUCGCUACUUAAUCGAACAAUGCAAAGAAAACGUCAAAAAUUGAAUGCUGCGGCCAAUGGUGAAGCACUGUUGCCUCCAAUUCCAGUUGACUUAACAUUCGAUGUCCCCGACAUGGACAAGGAAAUGGUUCUCCCUGGACAGAAUCGCUUGAUACAAAUGGGAUGCCAGGAGCUACAAGACGGGCUUGCUAGAUCCGAUAUAUGGCUGGCAGACGGAACUUUUAAAGUAGUUCCUAACCAGUACUUUCAACUGUAUUCCAUUCAUUUUGCGUUCGGCUCGGGAAUUAAUCCGGCAGCAUGCUUCUGUCUUUUAAACAACAAAACAGCUGAGUCAUAUGGUACGGUCCUUCGUGAACUUCAUAAUCUUAUUCCGUUGGCAGCGCCCAAAACAAUUCUCGUUGACUUCGAACGGGCUGCGAUUAAUGCUUUGAGCAUCCAGUUUCCUACUGCAACUGUGUCCGGAUGCUACUUCCAUCUUACUCAGAGUGUCGUCCGAAAAGUUGUCGAAGUUGGAUUGAAGGUACAAUAUGAACACGAUGAACAACGUCCGAGGGUAUGA